AUGGCUCCAGGGCCUCCCCAUAGCCGGCUCUUUGGUCAUAUCAAAGUCUUUGGCCAGGUCGCAGCAUCAAUACCCCCAAACACUCACCCGCAGCUCCUCUACACAGAAAUAGUCCACUUAUACAACCUUGAAGAAAUAUUCUAUCUUGAUCUCUGGCCUAUAGGCCCUGAUAUGGUAGUGAUUACUGAUCCCAGACUCAUGGGCAACUCAUCACUUCCGAAACCUCUUCCUAUACGCCCCCUUACUGCGGUGUUCAUGAAGCCAAUGCUUGGCGAGGGAACAAUGGCAGCAACCAACGGGGCGCUAUGGAGAAAGAUAGCUACGGCUGUUAGCCCGGCUUUCUCGAUGGGUCGUGUCCUAGGAAUGACAAGCAUCAUGGUCGACGAAUGUCUGCUAUUCCAAGAGAAGCUUGACGAAUUAGCCGUGACUGGAGACGUCUUCUGA